UUACUAUCACACAACUAGAUUGUGUCUGUGAGUUUCCGAACCGGGGUGCAACCUCUAAAGGACCGCGUCCGUCAUCGAGGUACCGUCCAAAAUAAGAAGAGGACGCUCGGGAUGAAUUAAAGUUCUCCCAAGUGCGUACAUGUGAGCUCGCGGUGUACGUGGUUGUGGUGUUGCCGGCGGUCCGGUCCGUGUACGCCCAUAGCUCGUGUACAAUUCCAGAAGUAGUUUUGCCUCUCCCCUCAUCCCGUGGGCCCUUAGUGCACCUUUCUAUGGAGUAGCCCUAAAAAAGAUAAAUUGCGCCGGAAGACUAACAAAACAACAACAACAGCGCGUUCCUUCUCCGCCGCCUGGGACAACAGGCGGAUCUGGUCGAGAUUCUCCGGAGGAUGGUAAAUGACCGAUGGGGAAUCAUGAACAGCUCUUCAGAACUAGAGGAUGGAUCUCGGCAUAAAAACCAGACGUUCUGUGAAUGUGUGCCAAGCUCCUCCCAACUCAAACACCGCUGGUCAGACUCAGAAACUGCCAGAGAGACCCCGCCCAAGGUAAGGAGGAUGAGCUGCAGCUACCUGCUCUGCACCAUUCUGCUUUUUGUGGCUGUCCUGCUGGCCGUCACUGUAACUGGCACCAUCCUCUUCAUGAACCACUACCAGGCCCCUCCCAUGUCCGAUGGCCCGCCGCACAUUUCAACCAAUCAGGAUGAGGCAAAUGCACUGGUCACCGUGGAGAGAGGUGAUGGCUCGCGCAUCAACAUCUUCAUCGAUCCUAACUGUCCUGACUAUAACAGCAACUUUCUGCGCCUAGAGGGUGUGCAGACAUCGCUGCUACAUUCAUUAACGGACCAUGACUCAGAUCUGAAAUCAGUGAAGGGCCAGGACCGGGCUCUGCUGGUCAGCCUGGCAGAGGAGGUGGCUAAACUGUCAGCCCAUGCUGGGCAGCUGAAAAUGGACUACGAGUCUCUCCGCAGGGGACAAGGCAGCCUAGGACAAGACCUUAAUACUCUGCAGACUGAGCAGGGGCGCCUCAUACAGCUGCUUUCAGACAGCCAAAUCAACAUGGUGAAAGUGGUGAAUUCAGUGAGUGAUGCCCUAAACGCCAUGCAGAAGGAGAACGUGGGACUGAAGGCCCGCGUCAAGGCUGACUUGCAGAGAGCCCCGGUCAGAGGGGCCCGCUUCAAAGGCUGCUCCAAUGGCUCACGUCCUCGUGACUGUGGGGAUUUGUAUGCCAGUGGUCAGAGGGAGGACGGCAUAUACUCUGUGUUUCCCAUCCACCACCCUACGGGCUUCCAGGUCUACUGCGACAUGACCACAGACGGAGGAGGCUGGACUGUGAUCCAGCGCAGGGAGGAUGGCUCAGUCAACUUCUUCCGGGGAUGGGACUCCUACCGUGAAGGAUUUGGCAAGAUCACUGGUGAACACUGGCUCGGCCUGAAACAAAUCCAUGCCCUGUCCAUCCAGGGGAACUAUGAGCUUCGUAUUGACCUGGAAGACUUUGAAAAUAGCACAGCAUAUGCCCAGUAUGGCACCUUUGGAGUGGGCCUCUUCUCAGUGGAUCCUGAUGAUGACGGAUACCCUUUGACUGUUGGAGACUACUCUGGCAACGCAGGUGACUCUUUGCUGAAGCACAACGGGAUGAAGUUCACCACCAAAGACAGGGAUAACGACCACUCGGAGAACAACUGUGCCUCCUUCUACCAUGGUGCCUGGUGGUACCGUAACUGCCACACCUCAAACCUGAACGGCCAGUACCUGCGUGGUCAGCACACCUCCUACGCUGAUGGCAUCGAGUGGUCCUCCUGGGCAGGCUGGCAGUACUCCCUCAAGUUCUCCGAGAUGAAGAUACGACCCACCCGUGACGCUGAGACUAAAUGA